AUGAAGCUGAUAUCUACCCUCCUGGUGACCUGCUUGACAGUAUGCAGCAGUGUCCUCGCUGCGACUCAAGAUCCCCUCAAUUACUUGAAUAUCAAGCCCUCCUACGUCGCGCCGAGAUCCUCCAACACGACAACACUGCUGCAAUUCAUCAAAUCCCGCUCAGAUUUGAGUACGCUUUCAGAAGCCUUAGACAAAGUCGGCGGCUUCUCGGAAGCAUUCGACACGGAUGCCACCUGGAAAUUCACCUUCUUUGCCCCGAAUAACGAUGCCUUUGAGAAGAAUGUGGGCAGAUACUUCACCUCGUUCGAGUCUACUCCAAAAGGCAAAUGGUGGCUGGGGAACAGCAUCCUGCAUCACUAUGUUCCCAACACAAACUUGAAGUCGUCCAAUUUCAAUGAAUCUUAUCAACAAUUCCAGACUGCGACGUAUCUAUAUGUUGGAGCUGAGAUUCAGGACGGGGAUCUUCUCCUAAACAAAGUUGCUACUGUGGUAGAAAAGGAUAUUGCAAUUACACAGGUAGGCUGGACAUUUGCCGUGGAGGAUGACCGCUAA